GCAUGUGUGCUUGGCCCGAGUGGAGGUGACGUGGACGAGGACCGACGAGCAUCAAGCGUGUAUCGAGUACCUGGAGCUGAUGAUCAUCCAGGCUUGUAGAACUGACGUGGAGGGCGAUCUUCUCGGUUUUCUUUUACGAUCGGUGCGGCUGGGCCAUCGCCAGCUAAUUGUCCAGGAACUCGUCGUCCCCCUCACGCAGCUGGUCGACGACCUCUCUCUCGACAUCGUGUCGCAAAGUGACGAGAGUCCGGCUCCGCACAUCCUUACUCGGACCUUGGCACCGUAUCUUCAGUGGUCGGCGUGCUUGGAAGAACCAGGGAGCGAAAGCACCCUGCCAUCACGGCAGGAGUACUUGAAGUCGUCCGGAGUCAUUGAUCUUGCCUUCUAUCCGAAGCAAGAUACGUCCGAGGAGGCGGUAGAAGAGGAAGAGGAGGAAGCCACCGAAGAAAAAGGCGACGUCGAAGAAGAGACGUCGGAGGAGGGGAGUUAUAGUGAGCACAGCGAAGGAGAGCAGAGUGAAGAAGAAGAAGACGAAGAAGAGACGUCGGAGGAGGGGAGUUAUAGUGAGCACAGCGAAGGAGAGCAGAGUGAAGAAGAAGAAGACGAAGAAGAAGACGAUGAAGAGGAGGAAGCUGAAUCGAAGUGGGAGGUCUUCCCUGAAGAAGCGGCGCGCACAAGCACAGAGGCGGAAGAUCCCGAGGCGGCACGUAAGAGAGAAGAGAUCGCCACCAGGAAAAACCAGCUGGAGUUCGCCAGCGAGGCGAACCUGCUUAUCAACGACAUCUCGACCAGGGAUCCAGAGCCCCCCAAGCCCGAAGAUGGCGAACCAGCAACUGCGGCUCCGAGCGCAUCGCGACGGAGACGGAUCCGAUCCCCCUACCCUUCCACCUCUGCCCGUAGCCCAGUUCAUCCACGUACUGAUGCGGGGGAUCAACCUUCGUCCCCGGUCAUUAUCCCGCCGUCCCCUUGAUUACGUCACCCUUUGUCAGAUCUCUACCCCCGUCACCUUCACUCGCAACCCCUUCCCUC